AUCUCCAUCCGCCACAACCAAAGUCUCAGAUCACAUUACCAAAACCUUCAAAUUUUGUCAUUCCAAUUCACCCGAAUGGCUCGCACCAAGCAAACCGCCAGAAAAUCCACCGGAGGCAAGGCUCCAAGGAAGCAAUUGGCCACUAAGGCUGCUCGGAAGUCAGCCCCAGCCACCGGUGGAGUGAAGAAACCUCACCGCUUCCGUCCUGGAACCGUCGCACUUCGUGAGAUCCGUAAGUACCAAAAGAGCACAGAGCUUUUGAUCCGCAAGCUUCCGUUUCAACGAUUGGUUCGUGAGAUCGCUCAGGAUUUCAAAACCGAUCUGAGAUUCCAGAGCAGUGCCGUAGCGGCGUUGCAGGAAGCAGCAGAGGCCUACUUGGUAGGUCUGUUUGAAGAUACGAAUCUGUGCGCGAUUCAUGCCAAGAGAGUCACGAUUAUGCCAAAGGAUAUUCAAUUGGCAAGGAGGAUUAGAGGGGAAAGAGCUUAAAUUCGUGGAUUGAUUAUUUCUCUUGGUGGUUCUGUUAUAUUUAUGAGUUUGAUUUUGUGGCUUAGGGUUUAGAUCGGUUGCAGAUUGAAUGUAUAUGGGGAUCUUGAAUCCGAAUUUCUCAAUGAAUUGCUUUCUGGACUGCAAAUUGUUCCAUUUUGAUGUUCA